UUGCAGUUACACUCUUGAAUCGGACGGUAACCAAAUCAUAUCGACAAAACUCUUCGCGCUACUUGAAUUCUAUGCAAGGAGGGACACGAAGUACUUCAUCGUUCUUAUCAAAUCGUUUCCUGCUGGGUCUUUUCAACUGUUGUCUCCCAGGAUCCUGUAAUUCAAGGGCUAAACUGCAUACGGAGAUGGCUGAACCGGUCGUUGUACCUGCGCGUAAUAAACAUACGGCAACUAUCAUAUUUCUUCACGGUCUCGGGGACACUGGCCAUGGGUGGUCUUCGGUUUUUGCGGAUGAAAUACGGCAUGACCAUAUCAAAUACAUCUGUCCGCAUGCUCCAACAAGAGCGGUUACAUUAAAUUUUGGCAUGCAAAUGCCGGCAUGGUAUGAUUUAUAUGGACUAACACCGAACGCGGAUGAAGAUGAAGAAGGCAUCGAUGAAUCGGCAAUGAUCGUACAUUCCUUGAUUGAUGCUGAAAUUGAUUCUGGUAUUCCACCGGAACGUAUAAUGGUAGGUGGGUUUUCAAUGGGUGGUGCAUUAGCACUCUAUGCCGGAUUAAUAUAUGAUAAACCGCUUGCCGGAAUAAUUGGUCUCAGUUCCUUUUUGGUACAACGAAAAAAAUUGCCUGGUAAUCAUAUAGCUAAUAAAGAUGUCCAGAUAUUCAUGGGGCAUGGUGGUCAGGAUUUCUUAGUACCUCUUUCGUUUGGCCAAAUGACAGAAGCAUAUAUCAAAGCUUUCAAUCCAAACAUAACUCUGAACGUUUACCCAAGAAUGGCGCAUAGCAGUUGUCCCGAGGAACUUGUUGAUGUUAAAGAAUUCAUUACACAACGAUUACCAAUAAUAUGAGUAAUUGGUGUCCUAUAAGCACAUGCAAUUAGUAUGUCAUCAUUUCUAGUACUCUCCAUAGAAUGUAUGGUAAAAUUGCUUCAUGUAAUGUUGCUGAUUUUCUGUGGUUAAUGCAUAAAUUAUUAAAUAUGA